UGGACCACCACAGUAUUGCUUAAUGGUCUGUAGAAAUCUAGCAAAAGAGAAUAAGUGCGGAAAGAAUAAAAUGUAACUCUUCUUUUGCUUUCAGGAGAGAGCACAUAUUAAAGGGAUAGUGUUGGGUUAAAUUAGAGUUUUUAAAAGUUCUAACUGAGCUAACAGCACCUUAUAUUAUUAAAAACAAACUCCUAUAUUUUUUAAAUAACCCUCACAUUCUUAUUUAAUCAUCUUACUUUGCAUUCCUCUGAGCUUGGACAAUGCAAAUAGGCUGGUCAACUUUUUUUUUGUCAGACUCCAGUCAAUGUGAUACAUCAGCAAAAUAGUGCAGUGUUUGGGUUAGAAAUAUCUCAAAAUCUUAUAACAACAAACUGUUGUCACUGGAAUGUUUUGUAACUCAAUGGAUACAAAUCUAUUCACUUUUGUUCAAUAUGGGUUUUGUAAUCUAAAGUUCCACUAAAAUGAAAACAAUAACUUUAAUUAGGUAAUUAAUUUAAAAUGAUUUAAAUUCAUGUCUGGGACUGCAGCUGUCUCUGGAGCUCCAGUUUCGUGGUUUUUAUAAUUAUUAAUCUGUUUAAUAAGGGGGUCUUUUCUCCUGUUGCUUUGGGAGGUUCACAUAAAGGGGAAACAGACUGUGCAGGGGAGAGUGAUAUAGACGAGAAAGGAAAUUCCAUCAAAUGCACCAAGUCAAUUUUUUUUUCUUUAAUUUUUCAGUUAUAGUAACUGAAAUUUUAAGACCAGGAGAGACCACUAACUAGUUUGAGUAGAUGAAAUUCAACGUUGAUAAGUGCAAAGUAAUGCACAUAGGAAAAAUUAUCCCAACUACACAUAUGUAAUGAUGGGUUCUAAAUUAGCUGUAGCGACUCUAGAAAGAUCUUGGAAUUAUUGUGGAUAGUCCUCUGAAAACUGCGGCAGCUGCAAUCAAUGUGCAGCAGCAGUAAAAAGGCUAACAGAAUGUUAGGAACUAUUAGGUGUUGGAGAAUAACAGAGUUCUCACUUUUUGUUUGGGUACAGCAAGGCAGAUACUUUAUUGUCUUUAACAAUUGCGUAGAGGGAGAGAGCUAAACAGGUCUCUCUACAGGUAAACAAUUACAGCAAACCUUUAUACCUUUCAUUACAGACAAUAAUAAGCAACAGCUGCAUUUUGUUUAUACAUAGGCCAUCUUGAUAUUUUAUUUUUUUUACUUGUUUUGACUCUAGUCUACAUACAAUAUUUUCUACACAAUAUCUACACAAGGUCGCAACAACUUCUCACACAGUUUUUUUCCACUCGCCUCACACAAUCCUUGCUUCUACAAAUCUCGCGUUAUUAGGGUUACAGUUAGCCUGACUCUUGCUAACGAACUGUCAUGCAUUGCAUCCCCUUUCUGUCAGUUCUUUCUCUGCUUCCACAACCCCCCCUUUUGUACUACUAGUACAACAAACAUUUUUAAAUUUUUAUUUGCAUUAAAUUUUGGAAUUUAGAUUUUAUAUUAGGUGCUUUAAUUUUAGGGGUUUUGAUUGGAUAUAAUGACAAUGCAUGAUGAGCAUGGACAUGAAAGGUAUUACUAUUAUUAUAUUUUUUAUAACAAUAACAUAAUUUUAAACUAACUAAUAGCAAUACAAGCAAUAAUAUUUUUAUAGCAAUAAUAUGAUGGGGUUUUUGUAUAGUUUUAGUUAUAAAGCAUAAUACAUUAUAUUUAGUAUAUAAAAUAGACACUUUAUAAGCUGUAUGAAAGGCAUAUUUUUUAACUUGAUAUAUAUUUUGAAGCAUGUGAAUUUGCUUUUGUAUUUUAGAGAUUUUUUGAACCUUUGGUAACAGUGAAAGCAAAUUUUGAAAUUGAUUAGGUACUAAACUAGUUUAAUUAAAGGGUAUUUGGAACCUAAGGAUUACUUGCAAAAUUUUAUUUGCAGGCUAGUAAAUAAUAUGAUUGCCUGCAGUGGUAAUGAGAUUAAAAUAUGUUUUGCGAUGUGGUGGCAUUAACAUACAUACAGCUAUUAUUAGCUUGAAAAAGUAAGUGUUUUGUUAGGGUAGUUUUUUGUUUUUUAUUUUUUUAGCAAAUGUAGUUAUGAAGAGUAACAAUUGCUUUUGGUUUUAGUUUAUGGAUAUAUUGAAGCUGUGGGGGUUUUAACGGCCAAAAUGUUUAUUGAUUUUUUUAAUUUUAUUUAAAUGUUAGAUGUAAUUUUAGGAGCACUGACUAUAGUUGCUUGGGCACAUUCUCACCCAAUAUUCUGCUUCUAACCCAAAGUGAUAGAAAAUAAGAGAGAAGAUACCAUAAUGCCACUAUAUAAAUCCAUGAGGCAUCCACACUGAAUACUGUAUCCAGUUCUGCUUGUCCCGUCCAAAAAGUAUACAGACGCUCCCCAACUUCCAUUCUGGAACGCCUUGCAACUUCCGAACUUCCUUCACCACCAAAGACAGAGACACAGCAGUUCUGCCAAAAUCAUUAAGUCUAGAACCUUUGCAGACUGGAAAUUCCCUGCUUCUUCAUUCUCUGGUGGCAGCCUUCUUCUCUAGUUAACGCCUUUGUGGAAAUGAAGAGAGAUCCUAUGAAGCUGUUUCUGUGGCUCUUGCUGCUCAUCUCUGAUGUUUUGGCUUUCAGAACUGAGAAACCGGUCGGAGAAAGGGCUGUUGAGCUAAUGAAGCAAGCCCCUCUAAUUGAUGGGCACAAUGACCUUCCAUUACGACUGAGGAUAUUGUACCAAAACAGACUAAGUAAAAUCAACUUAAAAAUUCUCAACACCACACGCACAAACAUUCAGAAACUUCAGUCUGGCCAUGUCGGAGCUCAGUUUUGGUCGGUGUAUGUUAUAUGCAGCGCUCAGAACAAGGAUGCUGUGCGUCUGACCCUAGAGCAGAUUGAUGUUGUCAAGAGGAUGUGUCAAAGCUAUCCAGAACUUGAACUUGUUAAUACUUCUCAAGGUAUUGCUGAUAGUAAAAAUAUAGCAUGCUUGAUUGGAAUAGAAGGUGGCCAUUCCAUUGACAGCAGUCUCGCAACGCUAAGGAUGUAUUAUGACCUGGGUGUUCGGUACAUGACUUUAACGCACACCUGCAAUACUCCAUGGGCAGAAUCUUCAUCAAAGCAAGUACAUAACUUUUAUCCUAAUCUGAAUGGUCUGAGUUCAUUUGGCAAAGAAGUGGUGAUGGAGAUGAAUCGCUUGGGGAUGAUGAUAGAUUUAUCCCAUACAUCAGACUCCACAGCAAGAAUGGCUCUCCAGAUCUCCAGAGCACCAGUCAUUUUCAGUCAUUCUUCAGCCUUCUUUGUUUGUAACCACUCAAGAAAUGUUCCUGAUGAUAUUCUUCAGAGUUUGGAAAGGAACAAUGGAAUUGUGAUGGUGACUUUCUAUACAAAGGUGCUGGCCUGUGGAAGAAAGGUGGUGAAUGUUGCAACUGUGGCAGAUCAUUUUGACCACAUAAAGAAAAUUGCAGGUUCAAAAUCAAUAGGAAUUGGUGGUGACUACGAUGGAGUGGAUCAAUUCCCUGAAGGAUUGGAAGAUGUUUCGAAAUACCCUGCAUUGAUUGAGGAACUUCUGAGAAGAGGUUGGACUGAAAGCGAACUGACCGGGGUUUUAAGGGAAAACUUCCUCCGGGUUUUCAAGGAGGUGGAAAAAGUGCGGAAUGACAGUAGAUCAAUGAAUGAGAAUGAGGAUGAAAUCCCACAAAGAGAGGUGCAAAAUUCCUGUCGUCUGGACCUAAGCAAUCCUCCUCUUCAGACAUCUGAUACGCUUCCCAUUUCCUUUGGAUCUGCUUCUGUGGUACAAACUUUCGGUCUAAUGUUCAUUAGUGUAAUAUAUAUAAUACUGCAUUAACAAUGCACAGAAACCUGAUGGGUCAAAAGGGUUAUUGAAUACACAUACCCAAACAGACAUUACAUGUAGAGUGAACUGCAAUGCAAAUGGAUAAAAUCUUCUGCUUAGCUACAAAGCUGUACCUCCAAGAUGUGUGAAUAGUAUUAAACAUAGAGCAUCGUUUCUAUAAACCUACCUACAUAUGGCUUUAGCUUAAGUGUUUAGGUAGCAAUGUUUGGAAUACUGCUUGGUGCUGAAUACUCUUGGAUCCACUGAUGUCAAAGGAAGCUGGUAAUGCCCAGAACCUCUCGUCAGAUCCUGUACUACGUACAAGGCCCCUUGUUUUCAGUUUUUAUUUUGUUUAACAUUUCCUGGGAAUUUCAGUGUUUAUUACAAAAAAAUUAAAAACCUGGAUGAAAAUGUGUGCAGAAAAUUAACUUCAUGGUUUUCUGGGUUAGUAAGAAAAAGCAACAGAGAAAAGUAGGAAUAUUGAAAAGUAAAAGCAGCUCACGCUGUGAUUUAUUUCAUGAACUGUAUGUAAACACUUGCACGUGUAUGCGUGUGUAUCUUUCACUACAUUUGCCUUACAUUAACAGACAGCCUUGCCUAAAUGUAAAUGCAAACUUAUUAUUAACAUAAACACGUCACCU